CAUCUUCAUAUCUUCUUCUCUAUCUUCCUCAGAGAAACCAUUACUCCCACCAUUUUCAAAACCAAAAAAGAGGCCAUCCAAACAUGUCUACAAUCUCAGCUUACAAACCCAAUUUCCAAUCUCUCUCUUUUCUCCCUACGUUCUCUCAAAAGACCCAUCUCCCAAAACCUCUCCUUACCCUUCCCUUUUCAAAAAAUCCCACCUCUCUCCUCUCCCUGACCACCACCCGCAUUCUCCCUCCUCCCUUAGAAAACUCAAGAAGAGCAAGCUGUUAUACUUCUCAGGCUGGUGAUGUCCUUGUGGCCCCCACUUCAGAUUGGGAUUCAAUUGAGGAUGUCGAAAAUAAGGGGUUUGAUUGGGGACAGCAAGAGGAAGAAGAAGAAGAAGAAGUGGUCUCUGAAGGAGAAGAAGCAGGCGGGGUUCGAGGAGCAGAGAGUGAUGUUGGAGAUUACUAUCCCAACCCGCCCGAAGACGCGAAGAUCUUCGUGGGUAAUCUGCCUUUCGACGUCGACAGCGAGAAGCUGGCGCAGCUCUUCGAAAAAGCUGGAGUUGUGGAAGUUGCUGAGGUAAUUUACAACAGGGAGACGGACCAAAGUCGUGGAUUUGGGUUUGUGACAAUGAGUACCGUCCAAGAAGCAGAGAAAGUUGUUGAAAUGUUCAACUGCUAUGACCUCAAUGGCCGGCUUCUGACCGUGAAUAAAGCAUCCCCUCGAGGUUCCCCUCAAGGUUCCCAGCUUACUCAAGUGAGAGCUGAUCUCGGGCCAGAUCACCGAAUCUAUGUGGGGAAUUUGCCAUGGCAAGUAGACAAUGCCCGCCUGGAGCAGAUUUUCAGUGAGCAUGGCAAGGUGGUUGACGCCAGAGUUGUUUACGAUAGGGAGACCGGACGAUCACGUGGCUUUGGUUUCGUGAGGAUGUCAACGAAAAACGAGCUGGACGACGCAGUAGCAGCUUUAGAUGGCCAGAGCUUGGAUGGACGGUCUAUCAGAGUUAAUAUAGCUGAGGAGAGGCCACGGCGCAACUCUUUUUGAUCAUUAUUAGGUCUGCUUGUUGCCACGUAUAAUCUGCAGAUCUCCGUCUUGAGCUCGUAAUCUUCAUCCCUCCAAUUCAGACAUUUCUCGAGUAGGUCACUCGUAGGGUGCCUUUUGUUUUUGUUUUUUGCUUCUUCUUUUUCAUCUAGUUGAUGAUGGAGAGCAGUGCAAUUAUCUAUCGGCUUGGAAAUUUUCAUGACUUGGCCUCAGCUGUUUAUGCACGUUGUUAUUUCAUUGAGAACUGGUUUUCUAUGGUA